ACCGGAUACAUCUGGACUGCUCAUCAGUCACAGAAAAUAUCUGCAAAUACAGGACUACAUUGCAAGGCUGUCAUAAAACUUCUCCCUUAGUCGCAGUCCUCCAAUAUGUAUAACGUUGGAGUAUAUUCACAUGCCCAUCCUCCUCGGGGCGAUUUAAAAAAUGUUUAAAAACUAAACACACGCACGCAUUUUCUACUUGAAAUAAGACCUACCUCAAAUAGAGCGUAGUCUCUUUUUUGUUGCUACCUUUAGUUUGAGAAGGGCUGCUGCCCAGUCACAGCUAUACUAUAAUCCUGGAUUUCCCCACUGCUUCUUAUGAACAGCUGCCUUCCCAGUAGAGACACUCCCCUAAUAAAAAAAGUAACCCGAAGGAGUCGUCACCAACCGAAAAUUUAUCAGUCUACUUUCUGAAGGACUACGUUUUCCACGCCAAGCGGCUGAACAAAUAAGUACACGGCACAUCUGCCCAUGCGCACUUUCCUGGUUGUACUGUACAGAGUGUACUCUUUUUUACGUUUCGCUGGAAGAAGAGCGUCUACCGUAGCGCCCCGUGAGCGGGAGAACUGUUGUUUCAUUGUUUGAUUUUUCGGCGGGAAGAGCAGCUUGAGAUCUGAACGAGGGAGAGGGACCCAGUGAUUUUUCCUGCACAGAUGGAGGAAGCCUUCUAAGUUCUAGUACAGGCGUCCCAAUUCAAUUCAUUGCAAAGCGUUUAUAUAUCGAGGGGAGCCGCGCGUCCCGCCUGUUACCUUUUCGCGUCCCACAGGCCUGCAAAGUACAGUAAGCUUCCUUACUUUUCCUCGCUACAUCCUGAUUUGUAAGGUGAGAGACGGGAUCGUGUCAGCUCUGGACCAACGUGUGUGAACAUCACGAACGAUUCUGGAACCAGAUGCGAAACAUCUGCAAACUCCAUUAAGUAGCCGUGCGCGAGCGCCUGCCUGUAUUUUCCUACAGAUUCCUGUGGCCUGAGCCUGUAUGGGUUCAUUCGGAAUCCCCAUAUAAUUCAGUGGAGCUAGACUGAUGAAUGGGACUCUCAUCGCAGACACACCUAUUGCAGUGGAUUUUUGGAAUAUCAGAAAAGCUGGGCAGGCUCGCUUGUUCUUUCUUUCUCACAUGCACACUGACCAUACAGUGGGGCUUUCUAGCACCUGGAACCGACCUAUUUAUUGUUCUUCUGUUACUGGUCAAAUCCUGCAUCUUAGACUGAAGGUGGCUGAGCGAUGGAUCCGCCCUCUGGAAGUGGGAGAGAGCCAUGUCAUGGCCUUGGAUGAAGUGGGCAGGGAGACCAUGACAGUGACCUUGAUAGAUGCUAACCACUGUCCUGGUUCUGUCAUGUUCCUCUUUGAAGGUUACUUUGGUGCCAUCCUCUACACAGGUGAUUUCCGUUACACUCCCAGCAUGCAACAGGAGACAGCUCUGAAGAACUCGAAGCUUAUCAACAGUCUCUACCUGGACAAUACUAACUGCCACCCCAAGAUUAUCAUACCAUCCAGGCAAAACGCCACUGAACAGAUCAAAGAGGUGAUCAAAGCACACCCCCAUCACCUGGUUAAGAUUGGUACCUACAGUUUAGGAAAAGAGUCACUCUUGGUGGAACUGGCCCAAGAAUUUCACACCUGGAUUGUAGUAAGUCCUCAGAAGCUGGAACUUAUGAAACUGCUGGAGAUGGAGGAUGUAUUCACAUCUGAGAAAGGGGCUGGUUGGAUUCAUGCUGUGGAUUUUUCAGAAAUCCGUCAAGCAACUAUGAUCAGCUGGAACCAGAGUCAUCCCACCAUAGCUAUUCUCCCUACAAGCCGGCCAGUGAAGAUCAACCACCCUGAUGUCCACGUUGUUCCCUACUCAGACCACUCAUCUUUCCAAGAGUUACUAGAGUUUGUAGCUUGGAUAAAGCCUUGCUCCAUAAUCCCAGUGGUAAAGCAAGAAGUUUGUCAGAUAUAUUUUCAACAAUAUUUAAGAUCUAAAAGUUACUCAGUUCUGGAGUCCAAAGUCCCCUAUUCAGUGAAAAGAUUCAUGCAGAAGCAAAACCACAAUAAUUGGGAAAGACCCUCAAAGCUACUGAAACUGACUACCUGUCACCAUGUGCCCAGAGGGGUUUGGUUUGACUCCCCAGAAAAAUGUACCAGUGAGAGUGAAAAUGACUGUGAUGCAGAGGUUUCCCAGCAAAGCUGCCCAGAACCCACGGAGAAAUCUAAAGAUGAAUGUGUUGGGAAAGAGAUGAAAGAAAUAAUGGGAGAGCCAAAAAAUCUCGAGAGCCAGAGAGCAAUAAAAUCUGAAUCUAUGACAUCUUCAAAGCAUGAGCUGAAAGGCAGUGUUGUCAAUCAGUGUCAGACUAUGACAUUAACAAACACUCACUGGUAUGAGAGGGAUGCAAGGUCCAUAUCAAAAAGAUCUCCAUGUUCCUCUGCAAAGAGUGACUGUCUGGGUCAAUUGGCCUUGGAGAACCAUGCCCCCUCAACAUCAACACAUGCUGUUCAGACUGAUACAGAUGACACAUCUGCCUCUCCAGCGGACGUAACAUUCCAGCUUGUCGGUGAACAGACUUCCCAAGGCCUUCUUCAGGAAUAUGACUUGUCUCCACUCAGUACCCCAAAGCAAUGGUCUCUUCAAAACUUUGAUUGGCAAGUAGAAAAGUACUUAAAGAGAGGGAAAGGACCCAAAUGCAUGGAGGAAGGAGCAGGGCAGAUUUGUACUUGGGAAAAAGGUAAAAGUGAAACCCUGAAGCAAGUGUCACAGCAGGUAUCCAUGGAAUGAUCUCAGUGUCCAAGUGGGACUUGCAAGCAAGUUUUGCCAGUCAUUUGUCAAACUAGUUCUUGUACAACUACAGUAGGGCCCAGCUUCUCUGCGUUCUGCUAAUAAGGCGCCAGCGGGUGAUCAGCUGGAAGGGAGACUGGAGCUCCCCGCUCUCCAGCUGAUCUCAACGGAGGAGGGGAAGAUCAGCUGUAGAGAGCUAAGCUGAUCUCUUCUGGUGCGAUCAGACUCCCGUGCUCGAUCUGAUUGUGCCGGAGGAGGGAAAGAUCAGCUGUAGCGCACUACAACUGAUCUCCUCGGGGUGGAUCAGACUCCCACACUCCAGCUGAUCACUCCAGAGGAGGGGAAGAUCAGCUGUAGUGCACUACAGCUGAUCUUUUCCUGCGCGAUCAGCAGGUUAGGUUCCAAACCCCCGCGCUACAGCUGAUCCGCUUUUCGGCGCUUUUCAGCGGGGGUCUGGAACCAAACCUGCCAUAUGAGUGGGCCCUACUGUAAUUGUUGUGACCCUACAAAAUCAGCAGUUUGCCUCAAUCAACCCUCUGGAACUUUCUUCCCUAUCUAGUAGGGCUACUUGCCAUUGUUUAUUGGACUGCCCAGUCAGAAGCUUCUGAGUAUGUAGCUUCAGCUGUGUGGCAUUUUUCAUAUGUUGAGAGGGAACCCCUGUAUCGUUUCUUGGUUUAUGAAAUGCUAUUAAGCAUUCUCUGUCUUGAAUUAAAGGCAGUGAUGGCAGCAUUCCUGACCGGGAAGCAGAUGCUUGUUGGCAGGGAGAUCCUGUUGUUUUUCUAGCAAAGUUUUUUUCUCUCUCGCAGUAUUAUUAAAGAGCCCAACAGGAAGUGUACACUGGCCAGACUCCUAGUUGUAUUGAUGAGAACAGGUUUUCUUCUGAAUUAAAAAACAAAAAUGACUUUGCUAGAUUCUAGUAGUGUAUGACUGGUAUUUUAAAUUUCCAGACAGACAGUUGUUUCCUCCUCAACAUAGCUGGGGGAAGUGAUGCUCUUAGCUUAUAUAAAACAUUUUACUGCCCAUAAGAGACAAUCGGUGUUGAACUCCUGCAGUCAUUGCUUGAGACUUUGCUUAUGGACUCUUGGGAGGUAUCAACACAAUUACUGUAGCUAGCACAUGCCCUAACUUUACUUUAGCCCCAGUCCAGUGACAAUAGCCAGAUACUGUGCAAACACAUAAUGGGAUGUGUAGGGUAGCCCAUUGGUUUCAUCAGCAAAACCUGGGUUUUGCAGUGGAUGGGAAGAGAAAAGUAUACUCCAGUGUUAAGAGAGGGGAGAGCAUUUCCUUAUCACUCCUCUUAUAGCAAAUUAAGCUGGUGAGUACUAUCGGGAUUGUAGUCAAAACUGAGCCAAAAGAGGGCAGUAUGAGCAUACCAAAGGAAAUCCCACGGUUUGCAGAAAUACAAAAAACUGGAGAAAAAAACGCUAACAAGGGCAACUACCCCCCCACCCCAGAAAGCCAACAAGCCAACCCACAACCCAUUGGAGGACUGAGCAUACUUUGUGUCAACAGAAUGCUGAGUGUCCUUUGAGAGAGGAAAAAUCCUGAAAACUAGCGGGGAGGAGAAUAGAAUGGAAUGUCCCAGAAGAGGGCGUAUCUGGCUAGAAUACUGAACAAAAGCACUCUAUACCACAACUUUUUGUUGCAGACCCAUUCAUUUAAAUAAAGUUUAGAAAAUGGA